CGUCGUCGUCGUCGCCGUCGUCGUCGUGGUGGUGUGCGUGUGCGUGCGGACUCCGUUCGCCGGGGUUCGACGUACCCCAACCCCUACGAUGCCCAAUGGUUGACCGUGCACCGCCGAGUGCUACACGGGGACGCUUGACGCGCCGCGGUUCCCAUUGUUAUUGUUAUGCUCGCGACGACGAUUGCGGUUCGGUGAACUUGUUACGCGGCUCCAUCGGCGUUCGGGAAGAGACGGCAGCGCUAUUAUUAUUAUCAUCAUCAUCAUUAUCAUCAUCAUCAUCGUCAACGACGACGUUUCGUAUCGCGCGUGAGCUUCGAACGGCGGCAGGAAGAACGGCAGGCUCGAGGACCACGACGACCACCGACGUCUUCUAGUAAGAGUGGGAAAACGAGAAAACGACGGAUUCUCUUCCCCCGUUGCUCCUUUUUGCGCGCCCUGCGAGGCAGAGGGAAGAGGUUAGGUUUUAUUACGGAAGAAAGAUAACAGGCCCGCGGGGGAGCCAUGGCCGACCACCUGGUGGACGGCCCUCCGCCGAAGCGGCCGAAGCUAGAUCCGUUCCAGGGGCCCUCGGACACGACGGUGGGUAUGGCGCCUUUAAUGAUGCACCAUGCUUAUACGAACUACGGGGGAGGUGGCAGUAACAUGCAACAAAUUCAGGGCCCAUCGCAACAGCUACAUCUGCAACAGCAUCCACUUCAACAACAUUGGAACAACAAUAAAAGAAAUUACAUAUCAAACACAGAAAUGUUUGAUCUUGAAAAUGAUCUUCCUGAUGACUUGCUGUCGUCUGGAUCUUGGGGUUCCGCGACCGAGAGCACUAAACCACCGGCGACAGGUCCUGGUCCAGGGCAGCAAAAUGGUGCUCUCGACUCAGAACUCAGGCAGCAUGUACAGCAACAGCAACUCUCUCAUCAUCUCAUCCAACAACAGGGCAACAAAAAUCUGGUGGCGAAUUCCUUGGUAAUGGCUGCCGGUACGCUAGGCAAUAAAAGUCCAAAUAUGCAAUCGCCACCGAAUGUUUCCGUCUCCAAGGGAGUAGUCGAUCCACAAAUGGUCGUGAGUCUCGGUAAUCUACCGAGUAGCAUAGCCAGUUCAUUGGCAAAUAAUCAAAUGUCCAUCGCAAAUUCGAUGGGCGGUCUACAAUCGUCCAUGAGCAUGGCCGGAAGUAACCCCGCGAUGUCGAUGCCGGGUGGCAUGAAUUCCGGAUUAGUGAUGACUAGUACUGCUAGCGGGAACAACAAUAUGGGGGGAAUGGCCGGGGGAAGUUUGAUAGUAACCAACAGUUUGAAUAAACCUUUAAAUACAGUAACCAUGAUGGGUCCUAAUACUCAAGCGAUACAUCACCCUAGCGGACCUCACGGAGUAACGCCGAUGCAAAAUGGUCCCGGCAUGAUGAACACGAGGGCCGUGACGAUGCAGCAGCCACAACAAACGCAUAUGGUCGGUCCAGCAAGAGGACAGAGUCCUCACCAACAAGUGCAUCAAGUUGGUAUCGUUCCCGGUCAAGUCGGUCCCAGAAUGCAGGCUCCUCCUAACAUGACGAGUUUACCCAACAUGGGACAAAUAAGUGCAUCGAGCCCAUACGGCGGCUAUGGUUUUGCAAAUAUUAGUGGGUUAAAGGGAUGCCGGACUGACGGCCGAAUUCCGAUAGGUGUCGUCAAACCGCAACAAAAGGCUGUGGGAACAAACAUGACUGCCAUGCAAGCAGCAGCAGCAGCCGCCAACAGAUUCACCGGAACGGCCGGCCCUAUUGGUACUACGAACGUUGUGGGCGGUCAGGAGGGUGGAACGGCAGCACAACAGACACAACCAUCCGCACCGAGUCCGGCUCAACCUCAAUCAGGAGGAUCGUCUGGAGGAGGACAGCCAGGUCCGCAGCAAAGUGCUCAAGGACAAAUGGCUCCAACUCCAACGAAUCCGAAAUCGACGCCCGAUCCAGAAAAAUGUAGACUUAUUCAACAACAAUUGGUAUUACUUCUACAUGCUCAUAAAUGUCAACGUCGCGAAACUCAAGCGAACGGCGAAAUGAGACAGUGUACCUUACCGGAUUGUAAAACGAUGAAAAAUGUUUUGAAUCACAUGACGAAUUGCCAAGCUGGGAAGAAUUGUACUGUACCACACUGUAGUAUGUCCCGACAAAUUAUCAGUCAUUGGAAGCAUUGCAAUCGAGGUGACUGUCCGGUCUGCUUACCAAUAAAACAGGCCAAUAAAAACAGGACAAACUCUGCGCAAGCUCCUCCUGCAAUUCAACCAAAUAAUCAGCCAAAUCCGAGUCCAUCCGAGAUGAGAAGGGCUUAUGAUGCUUUAGGAAUUCAGUGUCCGACAACAACACCGGGAAUCUUAUCUGGCCAAGGCGUUGGUAGAGGCGUUAGAAUACCAGCGCCUGGCAUGACAGGUCCUCCAGGUACACUGGGAAAUGUUAGAUUAACAGCGCAACCUCAAACACAGACUGCGCCGGGACAGUCCGUAGUCGGUGCUGGGCAACAAGUGGUCGCCCCGAACGUAUCUCUUCCUUUAAAUUCCGAUCCUAGUACGGUCGGGGUAGCUGGUAAUCAGACAGUAUCGGCUACCGGACCCACGUCUGCUGCGGCGGCGGCCGCUGCCAAUAUACAGCAGUCCGUCAAUAUGCAAACAUUGUUUGGACUAAACGAAUCCGGACAACCCGGCGUAAUUGGUGGAGAGAAUAGAUUACCUAAUCUGCAGCUUCCAGGCGGUCUUCAGUCCGGUCAAGUUACAGCGACACCAGUGCAAGGAACAAAAGAGUGGCAUAUGUCCGUUACACCAGAUCUCAGAAAUCAUCUUGUUCAUAAACUGGUACAAGCAAUAUUUCCAACUCCUGAUCCUCAGGCCAUGCUCGAUAAAAGAAUGCACAAUUUAGUCGCGUACGCAAGAAAAGUGGAAGGUGAUAUGUAUGAAAUGGCUAAUUCACGAUCGGAGUAUUAUCAUUUGUUGGCUGAAAAGAUUUACAAGAUUCAAAAAGAACUUGAUGAGAAACGACAAAAACGGAAGGAACAGCAACAGCAGCAACAGUUGCAAGCUCAACAACAGCAGCAACAACCGCCAUCAGCGGGUACAUCUGGUCCUGGAUUAAGGCCAUGCGCGCCUCCAAAUGUAGGGAAUGUAAUACCAGGGACAUCGAAACCUGUCGGGUCGGUACCUAGUCUACGAAGUCACUCACCCAGUAUAAGUCAGUUGGGAACGAUACCUGCAAUGGCCAUCCAGCAGCAUAACAGAAUGCAAUUUCCUCAACAACAACAACAGCAGCCCCAGCAGCAGCAACAGCAGGUUCAACAACAACAGCAGCAAGUACAAGCUCAGCAGCAACAACAACAACAACAAGGGAUCCUAGUCGGUCUUCCCGGUCCCAGUCCGAAUGGACAAUCUACAUCCAACGCUAAUAUGGUAUCGAAUUCCGGACAUAGUCCAUUUGGACAACCUCAAAUGUCUCAAGCUAAUCUCACAACAUCCACCACUGCAUCUAAUAAUGCAACGACUAGUCAAUUCCCGACGUCUAACGGUACGGCUUCCGGUUUACCUAACAGCUCUCCUAUACAGAAUCAGCAUCAGUUCCCCGAUAUGAUGAAAGUCAGACUAGCGCAAGCUCAGGCUCAAGCGGCGCAACAGCAGCAGCAGCAGCAACAACAACAACAACAACAACAGAAUCAGCAGCAACAGCCACAACCGACGAACACUCCGAACCAGAUUGGCACUCCGGCAACAUCGAUUCCGCAAGCGCCAUCACCUGUAUUCAGCGGAAUGCAACAACCGAGUACGCAACAACAACAGCAACAAAAUCAGCAGUUUCCCACCCGACCAUUAUCGGCUUCUACACCUAAUGACAACGGUAUCGCUACAUCAACACCGCAGACGAUACCACCACCUGUAUCUAGUGGACCGAGUCCAACGGGCGGCGUGCCUGUAACGACGACGACGGGUACGACAAACGGACCUCAAUCGACUACUUCCACGCCGAAUACACCGCUUGUACCGUCGUUAAUGACACCAAAUCAAACAGUCUCAUCCGCGUCCAAUCAGACACCACCUCAUUCGGGCCCGACGCCGUCCCCCGCCGGUCUUGCGAGCCUUGGCAAGGGUAUGACCUCGCAAGAACGGGCUGCGUUAAACACUCCUCGCAGCACGUCCAUGUCUUCACAGAUGGCCGCUAUCACAGCAGCGCUGGAUCGCGACAAUUCUCCCAGUCCGCCGAUGAACAACAACAAGGGUAAGCUGGAUUCCAAGGACGAGACGACUAUAAAAAUGGAAAUCAAACAGGAGCCGGAGGAGUCGCAGAAUCACAGGAUGGACGGUGGUAAGAGCGUGAACAAUGAGAUCACCAUAAAAACUGAUAAAACCGAGCCGAUGGAGGAAGGUUCGAAUGAAGCGACUGUGAAGGAGGAACCCACUGGCAUCAAAGAAGAGAGCAUGACUCCCAUCUCCGAUCAAGACGCGACUACCUCCGACAUUAAACCCAUGGUGCCGGAACCGAUUCAACCGAGCGGUACAUCUACCGACAAGAAGAAGUGUUUGUUCAAGCCCGACGAGCUACGCCAGGCACUGAUGCCGACGUUGGAGAAACUAUAUCGACAAGAUCCCGAAUCCAUACCAUUCCGACAACCCGUGGAUCCUCAGGCGUUAGGUAUACCGGAUUAUCCGACCAUCGUGAAGAAACCAAUGGAUCUGUCGACGAUUAAGAAGAAACUCGACACGGAGAAAUACAGCGAUCCGUGGGAGUACGUCGAUGAUGUGUGGAUGAUGUUCGACAAUGCCUGGCUCUAUAAUCGCAAGACUUCUCGAGUCUAUCGAUACUGCACUAAGCUCUCGGAAGUGUUUGAGCAAGAGAUAGAUCCUGUGAUGCAGGCUUUGGGAUACUGUUGUGGCAGGAAAUAUACAUUCAACCCACAGGUGCUGUGUUGUUACGGGAAGCAACUCUGCACAAUACCUAGGGAUGCAAAGUAUUACUCGUAUCAAAACAGAUACACCUUCUGUCAGAAAUGUUUCAACGACAUUCCUGGUGACACAGUGACGUUGGGAGACGAUCCAACGCAGCCUCAAACUGCCAUCAAGAAGGAACAGUUCCAGGAGAUGAAGAAUGAUCAUUUAGAAUUGGAACCUUUUGUAACCUGUACAGACUGUGGUAGGAGGGUACACCAAAUUUGUGUACUCCAUAUGGAAGCGAUCUGGCCGUUAGGGUUUACUUGUGAUAAUUGCUUAAAGAAGAAGGGUCAGAAACGCAAAGAGAAUAAGUUCAAUGCUAAACGAUUGCCUGUAACGAAACUCGGCACGUAUAUAGAGACGCGCGUGAAUAAUUUUCUGAAGAAAAAGGAAGCGGGCGCCGGCGAAGUCGCGAUCAGAGUAGUCGCGUCCAGCGACAAGGUCGUUGAGGUCAAGCCCGGUAUGCGAAGUAGAUUCGUCGAAAACGGCGACAUGCCUGGCGAAUUCCCUUAUCGUGCGAAAGCGUUAUUUGCAUUCGAGGAGGUUGACGGCACAGACGUAUGUUUUUUCGGUAUGCACGUGCAAGAAUACGGAAGCGAAUGCACGCCACCGAAUACGAGACGGGUUUACAUCGCUUAUCUAGAUUCUGUCCACUUCUUCCGGCCUAGACAAUUUCGUACGGCUGUAUAUCACGAGAUUCUUCUUGGGUAUCUCGACUAUGCGAAGCAGCUUGGAUAUACUAUGGCUCACAUUUGGGCCUGUCCACCUUCCGAAGGGGACGAUUACAUCUUUCACUGCCAUCCUGCAGAACAGAAAAUACCAAAGCCUAAAAGAUUACAAGAGUGGUAUAAGAAAAUGUUGGACAAGGGAAUGGUCGAGAGAAUCGUACUCGACUAUAAGGAUAUUUUGAAACAAGCGAUGGAAGAUAGACUUUCAUCCGCAGCAGAUUUGCCAUAUUUUGAAGGUGACUUUUGGCCGAAUGUACUGGAAGAAAGUAUUAAAGAAUUAGAUCAGGAAGAGGAAGAAAAGCGCAAACAGGCUGAAGCGGCCGAAGCGGCUGCUGCUGCGGCAAACGCAAUAUUUUCGCUAUCUGAAGAUUCGGAAACUCCGGACGGUAAGAAGAAAGGUCAGAAGAAAGCGAAGAAAUCCAAUAAGUCCAAAGCGAAUCAAAGGAAAAAUAGCAAGAAAUCGAAUACUCCUCAGACUGGCAAUGAUCUUUCCGCAAAAAUCUUUGCAACCAUGGAAAAGCACAAGGAAGUAUUCUUUGUAAUCAGGUUGCACAGUGCUCAAAGCGCGGCUAGUUUAGCACCGAUUCAAGAUCCCGAUCCCGUGAUCAAUUGCGAUUUGAUGGACGGUCGCGAUGCGUUUUUGACAAUGGCCAGAGAGAGGCAUUAUGAAUUUUCAUCGCUGAGAAGAGCGAAGUUUAGUUCCAUGUCCAUGUUAUAUGAAUUGCAUAAUCAAGGCCAAGACAAGUUUGUUUACACUUGUAAUAACUGCAAGAGUCAUGUGGAGACCAGAUACCAUUGUACAGUUUGUGAUGAUUUCGAUUUAUGUGUGAGUUGUAAAGAUAAAGACGGUCAUCCGCAUCCCAUGGAGAAACUUGGCUUUGAUUUAGAUGACGGAUCAUCGCCGGCCGAUGCCAAACAAACAAAUCCACAAGAAGCCCGGAAAUUGUCGAUACAGAGGUGCAUUCAAUCAUUGGUGCAUGCGUGCCAGUGUAGAGAUGCCAAUUGCCGUCUCCCGAGUUGUUGUAAGAUGAAACGAGUAGUAAUGCACACGAAGAACUGCAAGAGAAAGACGAAUGGUGGUUGUCCGAUUUGCAAGCAACUGAUCGCGCUAUGUUGUUAUCACGCGAAACACUGCCAAGAGACCAAGUGUCUUGUUCCAUUCUGCUCCAAUAUUAAACACAAGAUAAAGCAGCAACAGCUGCAACAACGGCUACAACAGGCGCAAUUACUCAGGAGACGAAUGGCUGUGAUGACGAGUACGAGACCAAGUGUACCUGUGGGGAUGCCGGCCGGUCAGCCUUCAAACGUCGCUAUGGCGACUGGAGUUGCAAUGAAGCCCGGCGUCAGUACUUCGAAUUUACCAUCGUCACAUCCGCAAGGCAUUGGCUUAAAACCUGGAGGCAACUUGCAGACACCUCCCGCUCAUGUGUUACAAGUAGUGAAACAGGUGCAGGAGGAAGCUGCGAGGCAACAAGCACCGCACGGUUAUGGCAAAGUGACACCAAGUGGUGGCGUUGGUGUAGGCGUUGGCGUCGGUGUUGGCGUUGGCGUCGGUGUCGGCGUCGGCGGUCAAACGGGCGGCGUAAUGCCACCACCGCAAAUGCAACGGCCAUUACCAGUCCAGAUGCCAAACCCUGGCACGCAUCUCAUGCCGAUGGAGCAAUGGACGGCAAACAGGUAUCAAUCGAACACGGUGAUGCAACAAAAUCCUAACUUGGCGCGUCAGCAGACGCCGCAACAGCUGAUGCAACAGCAACAGCCGCAUCAGGCUCAACCAGGGAUGGCAAUGAGCGCACAAAUGCCGCGGCAACCGACUGUGAUCGGAGGUCAAGUUGGUCCGCAGACGACCAAUAUGCAGAAGCAUGCACUGCAACAGCUGAUGCAGACCCUCAGAAGCCCGCAUACCCCCGAGCAACAGAACCAAAUACUCCAAAUACUCAAAAGUAACCCGCCGUUGAUGGCUGCCUUUAUCAAGCAACGGGCGCUUGUUUCGCAUCAGCAACAACCUGGUCAACAUGGCGGGGGAGUCGGUCCAUUGGGUCCUAAUCAACCUCAACAACAACCUGGUUUGCAGCAUAUGAUGUCCCAACAGCAACAGCCGCAGCAACAGCAGCAGCAGCAGCAACCGCAGCAGCAACAGCAGCAGCAGCAAGGCAGAUUGCAAAUACAGGCAAUGUUGACGCAACAGGCGCAACAACAACAGCCGGUGCAACAACAACAGGCGCAAUGGUACAAGCAGCAGAUGAUGCUGCAGCAGCAGAGGCAACAGGUGGUCCAGCAGCAGCAGCAACAGCAGCAGCAGCAGCACAACACACAACAGCAGCAGCAGCAGCAGCAGCAACAACAGCAACAACAGCCAUUUACUCAACCACCAGCGCCGCCGUACGGUCAACAACGACCCAUACGGCCGCUUCUUGGUUAUGGCGGUUUCAACGAACAAGGCUAUGGUCAGCCGGGUCUGAAACCCACUCCACCGCCUGUGCCCUCGCCGCAAGGCGUCAUGGGGCCGCCGGGGAUCUCCGUGCAGCAACAGCUGAUGCAAUCAGUCCGUUCGCCACCGCCUAUCCGUUCUCCACAACCCAACCCCUCGCCACGACCUGUUCCUUCUCCUCGUAAUCAGCCAGUACCGUCGCCGCGAUCGGGUCCCGUGCCGUCGCCGCAUCACCAUCCACCUCAUGGCACGCCUACGCAUUCGCCGGCACAUGAACUCGGUGGCGGUCCUAGCGAGAUGAUGCUCUCGCAGUUGGGUGGUGGACCAGGUGCGCCUACCGGCCAUCCCGCCGCUAUGCCUCAUCAUCCCUCGCCGGCUCCGGCGCCCACGAACGGUGGCGCAGACGCCAAUGAGGUGACGCCGAUGACGCCACAGGACCAACUCUCCAAGUUCGUCGAGGGAUUGUAGUGACUGUUACGGACGAUCACAUCGGUCGAUUAUGUAAGUGAUUCCUUUAACUCUCCGCCGGCGGGGUCCGGGUCAUUCGUGACCCAUAUCUUAAUACUGUUUUAUAAAGUUUACAUAUAAUAAUUGAAGCAAAUAUUUCAUGCGUAUAGAAUAACGCAGCACACAUAAUUAUUAUUUAUUUUUUUAUUUAUAAUUCAAGUAUUUUCCUUUUUGUGCUUCAAUCAUAUAUAUACAUACAUAUAUAUAU